AUAGGUCCAAUGAGGGUCCCAGAGGCUGAAAUAAUGGGUGACAUUUUAAUGCGAGCAAUAGGUGAGCCGGUGCUCCCUAUUCACUGCAAUGUUACAAAAUUCAGACGCGGUUCCAACGGCCAGUAUGUGGACGCAGAAGAUUGGAGUGAAAUUGUGAAGAGAAGACAAAUGGUCAAUGCCAAGGAACGCCAGAGAAUAAGGAAUUUAAAUGGCAUGUUCUCUCGAUUGAAGCGCAUGGUGCCUUUGAUGCGUCGUGACAGGAAGCCUAGUAAAGUAGACACUCUUAAGGCUGCCACAGAAUACAUAAGGCUACUUGUUGCUGUACUACAGGACUCCGACACUAAUGCUGCAGGCCCCACUGAUUUCCUCAGGAAUGCAAUCAACUAUGCGACCACUGAUGGCAUCGCCAAUGACAUGUGGAGAUUGGAUGAGAUACUGGAGGGUGUGUCUGGCGAGGCAGACAUGACAGAUGCCGUGACCAUGACCGUCCCUGUUGUCACAGCAGAGUACGGAGAUACGGAUGGAGACAUGGGUGGGCUGGUGUUGCACCAUUGUGUGGUGCCCACCUACCAGUACAUCCUCCAAGUGGCCCCGGAUCAGACUAUGGUACUAACUGAACAAACCAACUAUGUUGGCCCCAGCAUGGAGCCGCUUGCUCCCACUUCAUAA